GUUUCGUCUUCGAGCAGCAGUGCUGCGAGAUUUGAGGUUUUCCCAUCUGCAUUGUUCCUUUUCUUUGAAUCGUUUCUGCAUCCAUCGCAUGAGAUUAGAAUUCGGGAUAUUGAAUUACUGCAGCGCAUAGGAAGGAUCGAGCGGGAUUGAUCUCCGGAGAUCGAGAAUGGAGGAGAGGAUGCGCGAAUGGUGCGGGCGACUUGGCAACACCCAACCGGACAUGUUGCUCCAGAUGGUGUCCCGAUUGGUAGUGAUUGGAAACCCUAAACUAGCCGAAGGGCUCGUUUGCCAGUGGCUGCUGCCAGUGCCAUCUCAAACCAGUUAACUGAAUCACAAAGGAGAUGUGCAAUCACCAAUCCAACCUUCGUUAUGGAUCAUUGUUGACCAAGUGUGUAGUGCUGCUUUAUUCAUUCUUCAUGAUGGAGAUUUCAUCACGUUGGAAAAAUUUGAAGCCUAUAUAAUACAUACAUGAAUGGAUGCCUCAAGUUGGGAAAGCGAGGUUCAGAAACAAACAGGGAGAAUGGUGAGGGCUCCUUGCUGUGAGAAGAUGGGCCAAAACAAGGGGCCAUGGACGCCGGAGGAGGACAAGGUUUUGGUAGACUACAUACAGAGAUAUGGCCAUGGAAAUUGGAGAGCCCUACCUAAACUAGCUGGGCUUUUGAGGUGCGGAAAGAGUUGCAGGCUCCGGUGGGUGAACUACCUGAAGCCGGAUAUCAAACGAGGAAACUUCACCAAGGAGGAAGAAGACACGAUCAUCAGAUUGCACCAACAGCUAGGGAACAGAUGGUCAGCAAUUGCUGCGAGUUUGCCUGGUAGAACAGACAACGAGAUCAAGAACGUAUGGAACACUCACUUGAAGAAGCUGAUGGACCCUGAGACUGCACAGAUAGAGCCGACGAAGAAGAGGAGGAAGAAGAAAGGUGACUCAGCAAUGUCAGUGUUUGCUGAUCAAUCUCAGAUCAGCGAGAGCAGUCUGGAUGCUAGAGAAGAAAGCUCUAGUUCUGAGAUCGAUGAGAGAUUUUGGUUGGACGUGUUGUCGAUUUCCGACGGCUCUGAGUCAUCGAUGAACUCAACGACGGUAGAACUCCACCCUCCGACUAGCAACUCGACCAGUUCAGUUGCCAUGGCACUGAUGAAUUGGAACGACAACGAUGAUGAUAUGGAAUUUUGGCAAAAACUCUCCAAGGGGAUUGGGGACUGGAUGGAAUUCUCACACGUUUAGUUCAUGUGGAGGAUCCACAAAGCCAUCAUUUGUUGAAAGAAUUCAUACAUAUUUUGAGUUGGAGGUUUCAGAGUUUAUGUUAAAGCUCACUGAUAAGGCAGAUUUUUUUUUUUCCGUGAUAUAAUUGAAUCUGUAUAGAUUAACACGCAUCAGAGUCCUCUCGCCGGGAGUUAUUCCGACGAGGUUCCUCUGACGCCUAAGUCAUCAUAGGUGUUCAAAGAAAUGGAGAAGAUAGAAGAUGAAGAGAAUUAAGGUUCGGGUUAGUGUAUGCAUACCAUCCUCCCCUUUUAUAGGGAAUUUUAUAAUAAGAUUUAUUUUUCUUUA